GAAUUGAGCCGUUCAAUCGAGCACAUCUUUAAAUUGUGUUCAUCGAGUUAAUAUUCAGCAAAAGCAAAGAUGCGUUGGAAGUGGACUCUUUUGAAGUGUGUUGUUGUGGUUCUUGCAACACUGACGUGUGUAAAUCCUGAACCACUAGCAGAAGACAAAUAUGUAAACAUUGGGAACGAUUAUAUGCUUGGUAGAAGGCAAUCAACAAGCAGUAAGCCAUCAUUCAUCUGUACCGAAUCAAAUAUCAACUACGAUUGUAUCAUUCAAAACGUUCGGAUAAAUCGUAAAGAAGCCAAUGUUCUCGGUCUCGGUGAGGAAAACAAUCCUCAAAAGAAUGUCACUUUUAUCAACUCCAGGUUGCAGUUUUUGCCAAAACGAUUAUUUGAUGCCUUUCCAGAAAUGGAGUUGCUGAAUGCUGAAGAUCUUUGGAUAAAAAAUAUUGAAUACCAGGCCUUUGAAAAUGCCAAAAAGUUAAAAACGAUAAACUUGAAACGGAAUUUAAUCUCAAGCAUAGACGUAUUCAAAGCAGUGCCUUCAUUAGUUCACCUGGAUCUGUCUUAUAACAGAAUUACUAAUUUUAAUAACGAUGCUUUUGAAAAGAACAGAAAACUUGAACGGCUGUUAAUGAACCAUAACGACAUUUCAGAGCUACCUAGUUUCCAAAAUAUUGAUAAUCUUGAAGUGCUAAAUUUGUCAAAUAAUGAUCUUCAAGAAAUAUCUGACACCCAGUUUAGCGGAAAUCUCAUGCUGAAUAGUUUAGAUGCAUCUUACAACCAGCUUAGCCAUUUCAAUUUAAACCAACUCGAUGAUAAGCCAAAUCUGUCUUUCAUUUCAGUAAGCUUUAACAAUCUUGAAAGCCUUUACAUUCCAGGUCAAGUUCAAAAAAUGAAUGCCCGAAAUAAUUCUAUAAGUUAUAUCAAUGCCAAUAUCUGUACACUUCAACAUUUAUACUUAUCACACAAUCAAAUUACAGACAUUUCGGCAUUGCGAAACUGUAGAGGCAUGAAAAUGUUAAAUUUGUCACAUAACAAACUCCAAAGCAUUGAUUUGAUCGAAUCCAUGCCAGACUUGAGUGUUUUAAAUGUUGCACACAAUCAAUUAUUUGAAAUUAAUUUUCCAUAUAAGAUCCUGGGGCAACCUCUACAGAGUCUAGAUUUAUCUUACAAUUUUCUUAGCUUUGGCUCCACUAACAAAUUUUAUCAAAUGAAAACUCUCAAGUUGAAUAACAAUAAAUUUAUUGAAUUUAAAUUUGGUGGAAUGAUGAAGAGUCUCAAUUACGUGAAACUAAGCAACAAUGAAUGGAGUUGUGAUAAAAUUACGCAAAUUAUGCAAGAAAAAAGAGAAAUAAUUGUCGAUAGAGAUGAAACCUGCUUCAAUUCUCAGACUAGAUUAUUAAAUGGGAUUUGCUGCAAGGACUACAAGCGAGCUUUUAAUGAUCGCUCAAAAGAGAUGGUUAUGGAAUUAUAUGUCCAUGAGAGUGUCAUAAAAAAAGAUCUAGAGAAAUGUAAACUACUCAAGCCAGUGUUUGGGGUGAAUCAAGCUAUCAUUCAAACAAUGCAUAACAAAAUUGCUGAACUGGACAGUUCGAAAAGAGACGUUAUCAAAGAAAUAGAAACCGUGAAAAGUCAAAUUACACACAUCGAAAAAAAAAUUAUUAAUGACACGACAAAGCGGUUGGAACUUCAGACAGUAAACCAAAAUUUUAUAGAGUUAGUUGAAAAAUAUCGUGGAAAUUACGAAAUUGCAAAACAAUUCCUAAUCAGUCCUUUGUGGACACUUGGCAGAGUUGCAAAGUACACCCAGUUUAGGAAGAGAAAUUCAGACAAUCUUUUGGCUCGUCGGAUAAAAGAAGUUGAAGAAACUAUUGUUCGCGUGGAAAGAAAGAAUUUGGAGAAGUUGACCUUAAGAGUGAAAAUGAAAGGCUUGAAGCAUUACUGAACCAAAUAAAAGAAGAAGAAUCUCACUUAAAGAUAGAAAAACAAAGUUUAGAGAAAACAUAGUAUAGAAACACAACAAGCAGAUUAUAAGGAAGAGUCUAAAUUAAGGAAACAAGUGCCUUUAUUUUGUUAAACUGAUUAAAGUUAAAAUUGCUACGAAGAUGGCUUUUACGUCAAUGAUCACAAUAAAGGAGUUAAAGAAAUUGUAGUAGAAAUUCAUUCUCAAACAAAAUUAUGUUUAAAAACUGGUUUUUCGAAGUUUGACGAGCAGUCUUGUCAAGAAAGAGAAACUGAAUUUUUCCUGCUUCACCAUCAUCAUUUGUGGCCUUCUUCUGAGGUUUGUUAAAUUGGCAAGAGUUAGUCUUGUUUAAAAAAAUUGAAAAUAUUGUUUUCGUAAAGAUAAAAAAAAUCAUGUUCGAAUGUUUCAUAUUUCAACAUUGAAAAUCGGACCAUUAGUUGCUGAGAUAUCGACAUUAGAAAAUGAUGGGUUGUUUGGGUGAGCCUUAGAAAACAUCAAUUUUCCUGUUUUUAAAUCUCUCCAUGACAAUAUCUCAGCAACUAAGGGUCAUAUCAACAAAGUUUAAAAAAGCAAAAUAUAGAGAAUUUUCUCAACAUUUCAAA